AUGUGGCUACUCAGAACCGACCGCGCCGAGCUCGUGUACUUCCCGAGGAACUUCGAUGCCGACGGAGGUUACGCCAUCCUCUCGCACACCUGGGACGAGCGGGGAGAGCAGACCUUUCAGGAGGUUCGCGAUAUUGGCGAGCGAUGCAAACGCGCCCGCACCAAUCCACGGGACGAUCCCCAGCUAUCGCCUAAGAUCCGAGAGUGCUGCCGUCUUGCUGAGAGGCACGGGCUCCGAUGGGCCUGGGCCGACUCGUGCUGCAUAGACAAGAACAGCAGCAGCGAGCUCUCUGAAUCUAUCAACUCGAUGUAUCGUUGGUACUCCGACGCCGAGGAAUGCUACGCGUAUCUCGUCGACGUCCCGAGCGACUGCGUCUUAACGGCGCGCGAUUCCGCAUUCCGGAGGAGCCGAUGGCACACACGGGGUUGGACACUACAGGAACUCAUUGCCCCCGCCUCCUUUCGAUUCUACUCGUGCGAUUGGGAGGAGUUAGGGAACAGAGCAGAUCUUGCGGAGCUUCUACAGGAGAUCACCAAAAUCCCUCGGGAGAUCUUCACUCGGGAGACAAGGCCUUCCGAGCACUCUGUCUCCGCACGAAUGCGUUGGGCUUCGGGGCGGCAGACAACACGGUCGGAGGACGAAGCGUAUUGCCUGAUGGGUCUCUUUGACGUCAGCAUGCCAACGAACUACGGUGAGGGAGAGAAGGCGUUCAUGCGACUUCAGUAUGAAAUCAUGCGACGGGAUCCCGACCUUAGCCUGUUUGCCUGGGGAUACACCCUCGCGUGUGGGAGUUUCAGAGGACAGGGACUAACUCUGCAUCCUGGCAAAUAUGUCAACUCCGAUUGGAAAUUCCUUCUAGCAUCUUCACCACACGCGUUUCAUCUUCAAGUUUGGUAUGCCCCCAACUUGGGUCUAAAAGCAAAGCAACGCUAUCCCCCAUCUCGUGAUAAACGAGGUGCUCCUAGUGCAGACGCAGCUACUGUUCCUUUUGGCCGCGUCGAGCUCCCACGCAUUUCUAUCACUACCUACGGUAUCAAACUUCGCCUUCCCGUGUUCGAGGCCGACGGGGCAACCGUUGCAGUGCUUCUGUGCGUGGAUCCCGAUAACAAUCACCUCGGUCUCUUCCUCUGUCCUGGACCACGUAGAUCAGACCCCACUAGACCCCGCUACUACGCUGGGUGUGUAUACAGCGUAUACCAGCCACCGAGAGCAUACGUCGCUCGGCUCAUUUCCCUCGGCAACGACCUGAACAACCUCCAAUUCAACGGAAAGCGAGUCGAGGCGACGUGGCGUACCAUCUAUGUCGUACCCGGCCAUCCUGACGGGCAAUCACCGAGCGCAACGACCGCUCGACUGACGAUUAACUGUGACCCACGUCAGCCAUUUCGGUUACCCCAUUGGCUGGUGUCUCGACUCUUGGCGGUGGGAUUCACAGUGGUAACUCAAGAGGAGUGGGACGAACAGGGUAGCAAAGUGACCCGGUUGUACUUUCUUCGGCCAGCAGGAGGUGAAAUCAUUUACCUUGAUCUUGGGCUAUGUCACAUCGACCCCAAGGCUCGUUGGUCCAAAGUUACGAUAUCCUAUGGGCCCAACGUCAAGCGAUCGAAGGACGUUUCUCGCGCCCAUUCUUGCAAGGAACACCACAUUGACUCAUGGACUGCCUGGUCGAAGGUGUUUCCCGACUCCGCAUCGGAUGCAGAACCAUCCGUGCGGCUCUCUUUCGCACCAUGCAAGGCGUUGCCGGAAACUUCGAAGCUUGUCGUUCAUAUGGAGCUCUUGGGUCGAUUUUACGAGGAGAUCCUUCGAGAGGCCAACAUGACGACGGCUUUCCCGUCUCUCUCCGAUCUCAACAAGGGCAUACGGCUCGCAUCACCUGACCACUUGCCUGUUCCAGAGCCCACCUUCCCGGGACACCCCACACAACUUCCCCGUCGAUUCUACGCUUGGCUGAAAGCCUCAGCGAGAAAGCACCUCGAACGUCAUCAACGGCCGCCUCCUUGAUGUGAGCUUCGUCCGAGCUUGCGGUAUC